CUGACGAAAGGCGCUCAGGGGCGGCCCCUCACGUGACCAGCGGCGUAACGCGACGGCGCCUGUGGCUCAUUGCGGUGCGUUCGCGGCCUAGUUGCCUUUGCCGGGUUUAGAGGCGUCGCGAGGGAAAGGCCUCGUUUCCUCCGGCAGCGCUUGCGGUUACUGCUAAAAAUGUCUUUUCCGCCUCACUUGAAUCGCCCUCCUAUGGGUAUCCCAACACUUCCACCUGGAAUUCCGCCUCCACAGUUUCCAGGUUUUCCUCCGCCUGUACCUCCUGGGACACCGAUGAUUCCUGUGCCAAUGGGUAUUAUGGCUCCAGCACCAACUGUUCUGGUCCCAACUACCGUGUCAAUGGUCGGAAAGCAUAUGGGAGUUAGAAAGGAACAUCCAGGUCUAAAGAACAAGGAAAAUGAUGAAAACAGUGGUCCCACUACUACUGUUUUCGUAGGCAACAUAUCUGAAAAGGCUUCAGACAUGCUUAUACGACAGCUUCUUGCUAAAUGUGGCUUGGUUUUGAGUUGGAAGAGAGUUCAAGGAGCAUCUGGAAAACUUCAAGCCUUUGGGUUCUGCGAGUAUAAAGAGCCAGAAUCUACACUACGUGCACUCAGGCUACUACAUGAUCUCCAAAUUGGAGAAAAGAAACUACUUGUGAAAGUUGAUGCCAAGACGAAGGCUCAGCUAGAUGAAUGGAAAGCGAAGAAAAGGGCUUCCAAUGGGAACACCAGGCCAGAUACUACAACUGAUGAUGACGAAGCCCUCGAUGAAGAAGCAAAGAGAAGAGACCAGCUAAUUAAAGGGGCCAUUGAAGUGUUAAUACGGGAAUAUUCCAGCGAGCUCAAUGCCCCCUCCCAAGAGUCUGACUCUCAUCCCAGGAAGAAGAAAAAAGAAAAGAAGGAGGAUAUUUUCCGCAGAUUUCCAGUGGCCCCACUGAUACCCUAUCCACUCAUCACCAAGGAAGAUAUAAAUGCUAUUGAAAUGGAAGAAGAUAAAAGGGACCUGAUAUCCCGAGAGAUCAGUAAAUUCAGAGAUACGCACAAGAAAUUGGAGGAGGAAAAAGGCAAAAAGGAGAAAGAGAGACAAGAAAUUGAAAAAGAACGGCGUGAAAGAGAGAGGGAGCGGGAGCGUGAAAGAGAAAGAAGGGAGCGUGAAAGAGAGAGGGAGAGAGAGCGUGAAAGAGAGAAGGAAAAGGAACGGGAGCGUGAACGAGAACGCGAUAGAGAUCGGGACCGCACUAAAGACAGAGACCGGGACAGGGAAAGAGAUCGAGACAGAGACCGCGAAAGAAGCUCAGACCGAAAUAAAGAUCGGAGCAGAUCUAGAGAGAAAAGCAGAGACAGAGAAAGGGAACGAGAGAGAGAACGGGAGAGGGAACGGGAGCGAGAGAGGGAACGGGAGCGGGAAAGGGAACGAGAACAACGGGAGAGAGAGAGAGAGAAGGACAAGAAAAGGGAUAGAGAAGAGGAUGAAGAAGAUGCCUAUGAGCGGCGCAAACUGGAAAGGAAGCUCCGUGAAAAGGAAGCAGCUUAUCAAGAGCGUCUUAAAAACUGGGAGAUCAGAGAACGGAAAAAAGCUAGAGAAUAUGAAAAAGAAGCUGAGAGGGAGGAAGAAAGGCGAAGAGAAAUGGCAAAAGAAGCUAAGCGUCUAAAAGAAUUUCUAGAAGAUUAUGAUGAUGACAGAGAUGAUCCAAAAUACUACAGGGGAAGCGCUCUGCAGAAGCGAUUGCGAGAUAGGGAAAAGGAAAUGGAAGCAGAUGAAAGAGAUAGGAAAAGGGAAAAGGAAGAACUGGAAGAAAUCCGGCAACGUCUUCUUGCAGAAGGACACCCAGAUCCAGAUGCAGAGCUACAGAGGAUGGAACAAGAGGCUGAAAGGCGUCGACAGCCACAAACCAAACAGGAGCCAGAAUCUGAGGAAGAGGAGGAGGAAAAGCAAGAAAAGGAAGAGAAGAGGGAAGAACCUGAAGAAGAGGAGGAAGAGCCAGAGCAAAAGCCCUGCCUUAAACCAACCUUGCGACCCAUCAGCUCUGCCCCAUCCGUUUCAUCAGCAAGUGGCAAUGCAACUCCUAACACUCCUGGGGAUGAAUCUCCCUGUGGUAUUAUUAUCCCACAUGAAAACUCGCCAGAUCAGCAGCAGCCAGAGGAGUACAGGCCUAAAAUAGGGCUUAGCCUCAAAUUGGGUGCCUGCAAUAGUCCUAACCAGCCCAAUGCCGUGAAAAGAAAGAAACUCACUGUGGACAGUGUCUUCAAUAAGUUUGAGGAUGAAGACAGUGAUGACAUGCCUCGAAAAAGGAAACUGGUACCCCUAGAUUACGGUGAUGAAGACAAAGGCUCCUCCAAAGGCAGUGUCAAUACUGAGGAGAAGCGCAAGCACAUUAAGAGUCUAAUUGAGAAAAUUCCCACAGCCAAACCAGAACUCUUUGCUUAUCCUCUUGACUGGUCUAUUGUGGAUUCAACAUUAAUGGAACGUCGAAUUAGACCAUGGAUCAACAAGAAAAUAAUAGAAUAUAUUGGUGAAGAAGAAGCAACGCUAGUUGACUUUGUUUGUUCAAAGGUUAUGGCUCAUAGUUCACCGCAGAGCAUCUUGGAUGAUGUUGCUAUGGUGCUAGAUGAAGAAGCUGAAGUUUUUAUAGUCAAAAUGUGGAGGUUAUUAAUAUAUGAAACGGAAGCCAAAAAGAUUGGGUUGGUGAAAUAAAGAAUCCCUUUUUGUUUUGGGGGCUCCAUUUCAACUUUUGUUCUGCAUCACUGAAGAACUCUGAAGUUUCUCUGUCUUCAAGAGACAUUUGUGAGACCUGUAUUUUUUAAAUGUAGAAAAUGUGAAUUUUUUUUCAUCUUGUUACACUGAGGUCCCCUCCUUCCCUCACCCUAGCUUCCUUGGUUGUAAUUAUCUGAAUUCUGCAUUGGUGGUUUUUCACUCACCAGGUACAGUUACAGGUAUUGUUUCAUAAACUACUGCAGCUGCUGUACACAGUCUCUGAUAAUUCAUCUUCUAAACUGUUCCUUGUAAAUAUUAAAAAGACCCAUGUUUUAGAAACAUAUGUGCUUACCACAAACCAAAAUAAUUGAAUUUUAUGUAAAUACACCAACCUCUUCUUCCCCUUCUCCAUUUUAAAAUAUUAGAAUAAACUUUAAAAUUCUAAAAAUGGAUGGGAGUCAUUUUGUUGGCACACAGUUUUCAUCUGCAUGGAUAAGAGAUCAUUCCCUUGUUGAACUUUAUAAUAUUUCUAGAGGAAUCUAUAGAAAAACAUGGUGGACUUGCUUCAACUCAGGCAUCCUUGUAAAGCCAUUGAUAAAUUUCCUCCUGCUCAUUACAUGAGGCCUUUUGUUCAGUUACAGUGGUGACAAAAUUUCAUACUCAGUUGUGGUUUUAAUCAAGGAUAACUAGUGCACAAAUUUCUUUAAUUUUAGCUUCCUACUAAAACAAGUCUGACAUCUAAAGUAUUCUUUUUUAUUAUUUAAAAUAAAAUCCAUAGACAGGUUUGGGAAACUUGUGGAUAGAAAACGUUUAAAAAUGUAACUUGAGCACAACAGUUUACAUUGUUAAAAUCAUAUGCUUUCGAACAAUGGAGAAAUUUGUUUUUAUGUAAGUCAUCAAGUCAGUUGUGACUUUCUUUUUGUACUGUAAGCUGUCUGUUGGAUAGAGGAUGAUAUUUCUUGUCCUCUUACUCUGUAUGAGUUUUAUACAUAUGCUGAUGUGGUAUCGAUAACAAUGUACUGUAAACUGCAUUUUUUAAAAUCUACACAAGUAGAAAGGCUGUACGUUAUGGGCCUUCUUGAUUGCAGGAUGAACACUUUCCAAGAAGCAACAAUUCUCACUUUUUAAAAUACUGCUCUUCUGAUAUCUCUUUACCUGAAGGAUACAGGUUGACCUAUUUAGGAGGUGUAACCAUGACACUGAGUUACUGAGGACAUGCAUUAUAAGAAGACAGCUGGAAAAAAAAACUGUUCUUAAUAAAUGGGAUCCUAUAAAUGGUUCCACCAUGUAAAUAUUUCAGAUAUUAAAAAUGUAUAUAUUUGAUCUGGA